GCUAUAGGCAAGAAAAACCCUAGAAAAAACGUCAAAUAAGAAGAGAUGGGGAGAGGGAAGGUCGUGAUUAAAAGGAUCGAUAACUCAACAAGCAGGCAGGUGACUUUCUCCAAGCGAAGAAGCGGAUUGCUCAAGAAGGCGAAGGAGCUAUCAGUACUUUGUGAUGCUGAAGUUGGGCUAAUUAUUUUUUCGAGCACGGAAAAGCUAUCUGACUUUGCAAGCACCAGCAUGAAAUCUGUAAUCGAGAGAUACAACAACGUGAAAGAGGAACAUCAUCAGCUGUUGAAUCCUCCCUCGGAAGCCAAGUUUUGGGAAAGGGAAGUCGCAAGUUUGAGGAUACAGCUCCAGCACUUGCAAGAGAGUCACAGGAAGCUUUUGGGAGAAGAACUUUCUGGUUUGAGCAUCAAAGAUCUACAAAAUCUAGAAAAUCAAUUCGAAAUGAGUUUGAAAACUAUCCGUGUGAAAAAGGACCAAAUUUUAUCAGCGGAAAUACAAGCACUAAACCGGAAGGAAAGUCUCUCUCAUCAACAAAACAUAGAACUGUACAAGAAGGCAAACCAAAUCCGUCGAGAAAAUACAGGACUUCACAAAAAGGUUUAUCGAGCAGAGUUUGUUAGUGAAGCCAGCAGAGGUUCCCAGGUUUCAUAUGGACGACUCAGAUACGACAUGAAUGCACCCAUCAGUCUCCAACUAAGCCAACUAAAGCCUCAGAAGAACGAAGCACCAGGAAAAGCGUUGAAACUCGGGCUGUGCAUUAGCAAUGCCAGUUGACAGCGCGGAAGAAUGUCCAUCGACUAAAUUAUUGCUCGCAGUUGUUACAGAAGGCUACUACCAGAGGGAGUUUGAAGAACCGCAAGACGAAUGUUAAGCACAGCGGCCAUUAGAUUAAUUUGGUGUGACGGGAUCGAUUGAACCAAUCUUAAGUAAUCGUAGACGAUAGACCGAAGCAAACUUUCCACGUUCAUUUACGCAAUAAAAAAAUAAACCAU